AUGAAGUUCCUUUGUGCCACCUUAGCACUCUUCUCUCUUCUUUUGUUUGCUAAAACUAUAGAAUCAAGAGGAGGUGCAGGAAUUGACUGGGAAUAUAUCAGGAAAGAGCAACCCCUUAUGCCAGGCCUCCUUGUUGAACAUUCUGAUUCAACACCAAAAGAAGAAGCCAACUGCCAUGAAAAUACAGAAAAACCUGUUGUUGAGACUAUGGAAUUUGAACCCAGACCGUUUAUCUCAGCUUACAAUGAUGAAGAAGGCAAAGCAGAGUUCUCUGCCAAAGACUCUAAGCCAAAGUCCCAGGCUUACCCUGACAAGCAGCCACUUGAGUCCAAAGAAAAUAAGCAGUCAUUUGAUGAAGACUUUGAUCCAAGGAAAUAUAUAUUUAUUUUUACAAUAACUAAUAGAACAUCAAGUCCAAUUAGUCUUUGA